AUGUCUAACAAAGGUGACACUGGAGGUCAACCUGCUGCCACAACAACAAUCAGCACUAUUGCCGUGCAAGCUGGCGACUCUCAGAUUAUUGUCACUGUGCUCAAGUGUGGGGAACUGGUGAAGCUGCAGUUGACUGAAGCCAAUCCCAACCUGCUGGAGAUCGGCAGCAACCAGGACGAAACAAAGAAACUGCUGGAUGAACACCAGCAGCUCCUGAUCAAACUCAAGAAACAUGAGGCAGGCGUGAGGGCUCUGCUGGAAGAGGCAGACAGUAUGGCAGAGGAGAAGAAGGAGAACGAAGGGGAGGUGUACGAGGCCAUGGCUAACUCGCUGAGCGAUGCCUGGAGGACCCUGAUCUUAAUGCUAGAGAAGCGCAGGUCGCUGUUACACCUGGCCUCAGAGUUCUUCGACAGGGCCCUGGAGUUUGCUAUCAGAAUAGAUGAGGCAGAAGAGUUCCAGAGCAGAGAACAGGAGCUGGCAGAUGCUGAGUGUCUGAAAGAACUGCUCCUGAAACACAGUGUUAUGAAGAGAGGUCUCCUGGAGAAGUCCAUGCUGGUUCUGAAUAAGAGCCGUGAUCUUCUAGACUUCCUGAGAGAGUUCCAGACAGAGGAGGCUCUACAGAGGAGUGAGGCGUUGCAGGGGGCUCACAGCAGCUGUGGCCGGGUGGAGAGUCUUAUGGAGAUACUGCAGGACAGGAGGAGACAGGUGGACCAGCACAUGAAGCAGCAGCUCCUUGACCUGGAAGUCAUCCUCAGCAUCUACCAAUGGGAUCGGCAGGAACAGGAAGUAACCCACUGGUUCAAGAGCAAUGCUGACUUGUACUUUGAAAGAGAUCAUUUGGGCUCAACUCUCACUGAAAAUGAAGAGCUCCUUCAGGAAUACAAGAAGUUUGAAGAGAAAGCCAAGGACUGGAGUGAGUUGGUGGAGAAGUUGCUAGCCCAGGCCUCAGAGCUGCUAGCGGGGGAAGCAGAGGGCCGGGCUGAGGCUGAGACUGGACAUGUCUCUGAGAGGAGUCUGGCUCUCAGAGCCCUGCACGAGCACUUUUGGAACCUGAUGAUGGGCCGCCUCGCACACUUACAGGAGAGCAAUGCGUUCUUUAGCAGCGCCAACAAGGCUUUUGGGGUCCUGGGAACUGUUGAGAGUAAACUAAAGGGGUUGAAGAGCCAGACACUACGGUUGCCUAAGUUGGCCAAAAAGCACGAGGAGCUGCUGCGAAGCAUUAAAGAGUCAGCCACCGACCCUCUUCAGAGAGGACAGCUCAUACUGCAGAAGGUUGACCCACAGAGUACCCAAGUGGAAGGGGUGAAAAGGAUGCUGGGAUAUGUGAGAGACCGGGUUGAUACUCUGAGCCGGGAAUGCCACGCCCACCGAGCACUGGCAGCCAAGAGACAGCAGCUGGUGUCCACAUGUGAAGACCUCAUAGACAAGAUCUCGGUGUGGCUAAAGAGCAGUAACUGUGUUCUCUCCAGCAACACUGAGCCAGGCUCCCUGCUUUCCCAGUCUGAAGACAUGCUCAACAAACACUUGGAACUCUCUUCACAAACACAGGAAACAGGCAGUGAGGCAGAGGCCAUGGCAGAACAGAUAACGGAACUGAAAACACUGGAGUGUCCUGAAGCCACUGAGUUCUCCAACAAAGCAUCACUGCUAGAGGAGGAGCUGAAGACAGUCACCAGAAACAUCACAUCCCGCAUCGACAAUAUCCGACCAUACGUGGAGGAGCAGAUGCAGAGUCUACAUGAGAGCUAUAACUGGAAGCCAGAGGAGGAGGAGAACAAGGAGAGUGGUGUCCCGUCGAAGGAGAUCGCUGAUGCUAAGUGGCAGUCCAUGUUGGAACGCUUCCUUGCCAUGCAGGACCUGGGAAACAACUACAUCAAUUCAUCUAACAUGGUGAGUGAGGACCUGAACCUGAAUGUGAGGGUAGCCAUCAGUGUGGUGGAAAAGACCAUGGAGGAGCUGAACAAGAAGAAGAUGGACCUGUCGGACCUCUGGACCUCCUGGCAGCUCCACGUCAAUCAGGUGAAGUCCAUCAAGAAACAGUGGAAGAAAUACAAAGAACAAUUGAAAAAGACUGUUCAUGACCUGAAGAGUGUGGAGGAGGUUCUUGUCCCGACUUCUAAAGUAGAUCUGGGAAGUGACCUUCAGACUGUGUCAAAGCUACUGGAGAACUUUAGCCUAGAUAAGCCCCACUUCCUGCAACUGAAUGCGGAGGUAGAAUACAUGGUGAAGACAUCAGAACUGUUGGCAUUGAAAGGAAUUCCUAUCAAAGAGAAGAGUGAGAAGGUCACAGAGAUGCUUCACCUUCAUCAGAGAGUGAAAGAUAACAUCAAAGAGUACGAGUCUGUCCUCAAGAUGGCUGUGAAGUUCCACCAGCUUUAUGAAGAGCUGGAUAAGCUGUUAACGUCGGAGCCUGUGACAGGGUUCAGCGAGACGAGCCAGGCUAAGAUCCAGCUGAUCCAACACCAGGACAGACAGAGCCACAUCAGACACCUGUACAAGCUGGCUAUCUCUCUGGGAGGAGACAUCAGCAACACUGUCCAGCAGUCGCAUGCCUCAGGGUUUACAGUGCAGCGUCUGCAGGAGCGUCUGGAGAGACUGGAGAGAGGUUGUGUGAACUGGAGCGCUGAGUCCAACAGGUGUGAAGAGAGCCUCACCAGCAACCUGCGCUACUGUGUCUUCAAGGAGGAGAUCACUGAGCUGAGAGAGUCAUUCAAGGAUCUUAAGAAGAAAUUCAACAACUUGAAGUUCAAUUAUAUGAAGAGAAACGACAAGUCAAGGAACCUGAAAGCAGUUAAAAACCAAAUCCAGCAGAUAGAGAUGUAUAAUGAAAAGUUACAGGUAUUGAAGAAGAGAAUGCAGGCUUUCACAGUGAAAGUGACAUCCAGCACAGAGAAGCAUCUGAAAGGCAGUAGCCCCAGAGAGAUAGAGGAUGCUGUCAAUGAGUUACAGAGACAGCUGGGGGACUUUGACAAGACUGUGGAGGAGUACAGAGGAAACCUGGACAUGAGCGUGAAACUGCAGCAAGCUAUGGAGGAGUAUCAGUUCUGGUGUGAUGAAGCAAGUGCUACAAUUGUGAGAGUAGGGAAGUACUCUUCCCAGUGUAAGACCAGGGAAGCAGUGUCUAUUCUAUACAAGCAGUUUGAGAAGUUUGUUUGGCCCACUGUGCCCCUUCAAGAGGAGAGGAUCAGCCAAAUCACAGAACUGGCUGUCCGUCUGCAUGGUGCUGAGGAGGGAAAGAAGUAUAUGGAGAAAACUCUCACCAAACACAAUGAGAUAGUGGAAUCAAUAAAGGAACUUUGUAAUGGAUUAAUGGAUUUGGAGGCUAAACUACAGUCUGAGCUGAAAGAAAGUGGACACACUCCUGAACUAACCAUGGGAGGGAACGGGAAAGAGGUACCCAUCAAAACAUUAGAAAAUACAAGAAGCAAGAAACCUCAUGUCCGCAAAACAAGGAGCCAGGACCUUCCAGACAAACACCACCCAGAACAUCACAACAAAGUGUUAUCAGAGAGCAGGUAUCACACACAGAAGGCGUACUCAGAGAUGAGCAGAGUGGAGACUAUCACCAGCAGGUCAACGCAGGAGAGUAAAGAGCAGCUGAGCACCUCUUUCUGCUGCACACACACCUUCAACCUGUCCUGUUCACCGCUGGAGAGGGACAGGAAAGUCCAUGUGCUCCAACAGGCAGGGAUCAAGUCUCUGGUCACCUCUCCUACUGUUCCUCCUCCCCCAGUCUUCGCUUCGGCUCCCAGCUUCUCUGAUAUACAGAGAGAGUUCCAGAAGAAGGAGAGGCAGGGCCCUGCUCAGAGGAACUUCCCUGGGUUUCAUACUUCUAAUACUGAUCAGAUUGGUCUUCUUACAGGCGAGCCUUUCUCCCAAGAUGCAUCACCUCUGCUGCUGCCCGCAGGUGGUCUGACAGAGGGAAACCUUCAGCGGCAUAACCUCAUGACAGAAGAGUCCCUGUCCAAUGACGAAUAUGAGUGCACUUCCCCCGACGACAUCUCUCUGCCCCCGCUCUCCGAGACCCCGGAGUCCAACAUCGUCCUAUCAGAGAAUGACCUGGACCUGGAUAGUUUCUGUCUCAGCUCCCAGUCCCACACCAUUCACAUCAACCAGUACAGCCACCAGUUACGCUCCACACGUAAUAAUGAAAACAACAACAGCCAGAGCCAACAGAGGAUCAGAGAGCAGACUGAAAGCUGCCACUCUCCUACAGUCGGCCUCAACACCAAGUUCAGAGAGGAGUCCUCUUCUUUCGUCCACAGCACCCUGACUGUCCCAGCACCGAUCCUGGUCUCAAACACACUCUCCAGUAUUCUGAAAAGCAAGGGAAUCCCCAACCUCCCAAAGCCCAACCUCCCUAAUCUCCCACCAGUCGGCCACCUAGGCCUAAACGAUUGCCACCAGACCAUGUAUUCCGUGCAUGAGAGCUCUGUCACAGAGACGCAGGAGUGUGUGCAUGACCCAAGCAGCGUGAUGGUCCGAGGAGCUGCCGCGCCCUCUGCGUUCCCUGCUGCUGCCACCACUCGUUCUCUUAACACGCAUGCUACACCCUCCCCAUUAACCACCACAGCAGUCACACCCACAGACCAGGGCCAAGACCCAGACCUGUGCAAUCCAACAGCCAUCAGAGAAGAGAUCAGGCUGCCUGGUACCAGCCGGUCCGUGGGGAGCACCCUAGCAGGCCAGGGCCCUCCUCACUUCUCCAAACUACUGUCUAGUCCCACAGUUAUGGAGGGGUCGCCUGUGACCCUGGAAGUGGAGGUCACUGGAUUUCCAGAGCCUACUUUAACAUGGUUCAAGAAUGGAGAGAAACUGACCAAUGAUGAGCACAUAGAACUGUCACAAAAAAAAAGCAAACAUGCAUUGUUCGUACAGAAGGUCAUUGAGACCGACGCAGGCCUCUAUGCGUGCCGGGCCGUCAACUCAAGCGGCACCCUGUCCUCUAGCGCCGCUCUUCAGGUGAAAGCACGUAACAACAGCUGUCCCGAACCCGACUACGCUCUUCUCAAGCUGGACUGGCACACUUGUUUUGGGCCGAGCUAA